CGCUCCGCGCCGAGCAGACGCAGGAGCGCCGCGGCGGCGGGCGGGCGGCAGCGGCGGCUCCUGCGGGCGCUCCCUCCGUCCCUCCCUCCCUCGAUGCGCGGUGCGCGGCCGGCCCCGGGGCUUGCGCAGCGCGGCGGCGGAGCGGAGCGGUGAGCGGCGGCAGCAUGCGGCGGCCGGGGGAUGUCUGAGGCGGGCGGUGCGGCGGCGGCCGCGCUGCCCCGGCGCCGCUCCGGAGGCAUGCGGGCGGCCUGGGGCUCCGUCUGGUGCCUGUGCCUGGCGGCGGCCGUCGGCGGGAUGCCGGCGGCGAGGCGGCAAGGCGGCGGCAAGGCGGCGGCGAGGAGCGGCGGGCAGCCGGCAGAAUACUUGAGGAGCGAGACCGCCUUUCUGGAAGAGUUGGUGUUUGGAAAUGGAGAUACAAUUGAACUUUCCUGUAACACCCAAGGCUCUUCUGUGUCUGUUUUCUGGUUUAAAGAUGGUAUUGGAAUUGCACCUACCAACAGAACUCAUAUUGGACAAAAACUGUUGAAGAUAAUCAAUGUGUCAUAUGAUGACUCGGGGCUGUACAGUUGCAAGCCAAGGCAUUCCAACGAGGUCCUGGGAAACUUUACAGUCAGAGUUACAGACUCCCCUUCGUCAGGUGAUGAUGAGGAUGACGAUGAUGAGUCAGAAGAUACAGGUGUCCCCUUCUGGACCCGGCCAGAUAAGAUGGAGAAGAAGCUGCUGGCAGUUCCCGCUGCCAACACCGUUCGCUUCCGAUGUCCGGCGGGGGGGAACCCAACUCCUUCCAUCUACUGGCUGAAAAACGGCAAGGAGUUCAAAGGGGAGCACAGGAUUGGGGGCAUUAAGCUGCGGCACCAGCAGUGGAGCCUGGUGAUGGAGAGCGUUGUGCCGUCAGAUCGAGGGAAUUACACCUGUGUCGUGGAGAACAAAUACGGCAACAUUAGGCACACGUACCAGCUCGAUGUAUUAGAAAGGUCACCCCACCGCCCAAUCCUGCAAGCAGGGCUCCCUGCCAACCAGACUGUGGUGGUGGGGAGCAAUGUGGAGUUUCACUGCAAGGUCUACAGCGAUGCCCAGCCUCACAUCCAGUGGCUGAAACACGUGGAAGUCAAUGGCAGCAAAUACGGACCCGAUGGGACCCCCUAUGUCACAGUCCUGAAGUCUUGGAUCAGUAAAAACGCUGAAGCCGAUGCUAACCUAAAUCUGUUCAAUGUGACAGAACAAGAUGAAGGAGAAUAUCUGUGUAGAGCCAACAAUUUCGUAGGCAUAGCCGAAAAGCCAUUUUGGCUCCACAUUCGCAAACCAAAACCAGCUGAGGAGCUCAUGGAGGUGGAUGAUUCGGGCUCAGUGUACACUGGCAUUCUCAGUUAUGGCACUGGCUUUUUCCUCCUUCUCCUGGUGCUGGUCUUGGUGAUUGUCUGGAGGAUGAAAAUGCCAAACAAAAAAGCCAUGAACACUCCCACUGUUCAGAAAGUCUCCAAAUUCCCACUGAAGAGACAGCAGGUGUCGCUGGAGUCCAACUCUUCCAUGAAUUCCAACACGCCCCUGGUCCGGAUCACGCGCCUCUCCUCCAGCGAUGGGCCAAUGCUGGCCAACGUCUCCGAGCUGGAGCUGCCUCCAGAUCCCAAGUGGGAAUUGACUCGUUCUCGCCUGACCUUGGGGAAGCCGCUUGGCGAGGGGUGUUUUGGCCAAGUGGUGAUGGCAGAAGCAAUUGGGAUUGACAAGGACAAGCCAAACAAGGCCAUCACAGUUGCUGUCAAGAUGUUAAAAGAUGAUGCUACAGACAAAGACCUUUCUGACCUGGUCUCUGAGAUGGAAAUGAUGAAAAUGAUUGGGAAGCACAAAAACAUUAUUAACCUCCUCGGUGCCUGCACACAGGACGGACCACUCUAUGUGUUGGUGGAAUACGCGUCAAAGGGGAACUUGCGGGAAUACCUCAGGGCACGCCGCCCACCUGGCAUGGACUAUUCCUUUGACACCUGCAAGCUGCCCGAGGAGCAGCUGACGUUUAAGGACCUGGUUUCCUGCGCCUACCAGGUGGCACGGGGCAUGGAGUACUUGGCAUCUCAGAAAUGCAUUCAUCGCGACUUGGCAGCCAGGAACGUGUUAGUCACUGAAGAUAAUGUGAUGAAAAUAGCUGAUUUUGGCCUUGCUAGAGACGUUCACAACAUUGACUAUUACAAGAAAACCACCAAUGGUCGGCUGCCUGUGAAAUGGAUGGCUCCAGAAGCCUUGUUUGACCGGGUCUAUACUCACCAGAGCGACGUCUGGUCUUUUGGAGUGCUACUAUGGGAGAUCUUCACUUUGGGAGGGUCUCCAUACCCAGGAAUUCCUGUUGAGGAACUCUUCAAGCUCUUGAAGGAAGGCCAUCGGAUGGACAAACCUGCAAACUGCACCCAUGAUUUGUACAUGAUCAUGCGGGAGUGCUGGCACGCCGUCCCCUCGCAGCGCCCCACCUUCAAGCAGCUGGUGGAAGACCUGGACAGGGUCCUCACCGUGACGUCCACCGAUGAGUACCUGGACCUCUCGGUGCCCUUCGAGCAGUACUCGCCGGCCGGCCAGGACACCCACAGCACCUGCUCCUCAGGGGAUGACUCGGUCUUUGCACAUGACCUGCUGCCCGAUGAGCCCUGCCUGCCCAAGCACCCGCCCUGCAACGGCGUCAUCCGGACGUGAGGACCCCCAGGGCACAUGGACAGACGGACAGAUGGACGGACAGGUGGGCAGUGUGCCCAUGGAGGCGCAAGUGUGGGGCGCCGAGCGUGAAACCGUAGUGAAGGAUCUUCCAGUGGAACUGUGUGAUGGUGCCUGGAGAUUUGUGUUGUUGACAAGCUGUUCAGGGUUAAAAACAAAAAAAUUUAACUUUUUUUUUUUAAUUUUUUUUUUUUUUUUUAAAUAUUUUUUUUCCUCCCUAUUGCUGUAUGAAAAGUCAAGAAGCACUGUUUGGCCUGAAGGAACUAAUCUCUUGCCAAGAUGAUCUAUCCUAGAUGAUUUUUUUUUGUUUUGUUUGGUUGUUUUUUUGUUUACUUUUCAUAUUUUGCUAGGGAUUUUUCUUUAGUACGCAGAAUGUUGAACCUGGGGGGGUGCUCUGACCCCCCAGCCUCCGCGCUUGCGUUCCAAGUGCCAGAGUAACCGUUCUGUGCCUGCAUUACGAAGAGAAGAGAAAAAGAAAUCUUCCUUAAAGAAAAAAAAAAAAAAAGAAAAAAAAAAAAACACACAGAAAAAAAAAAAAAGGUGUAAAGAAUGUGGAAAUUCUUCGCUUAUGCAAUCUGUACAUGAACCUUUUUGGUGGAGCUGAAAAGCCACGUUGCCUGCAGGGAUUCAUAUAUUUAUAAAAAUAUCUAUAUUUUUGUUGUCGUCGUUUUUAUAGCUUCAUGAUCGUACUACCCAGCUACACAGAAGGAAUCCUUUUUGGAAGAAGAGAAAGCAAAGCUAAGUAAAAUGCAAAUUGUCAUGGAGAAAUGAAAGUAAAAAUAGUAAAAAAAGAGAUGGUCAAGUCAUCCGAAGUGUCAGCGCCUUGGCCCUCGCACGGGGCUGGGAAUGGUGUGUCCGUGCCAAGGCAGGAGCAGACCCCAGGGAUGGGCAGAGACCCUGUGGGGUCCCUGGGGAGCAGAGCAUCACCCACCUGAGAGCGGAGGGUGCCCUGAGACCUGGCUCCUGGGUGCCCACGGCAUCUCAAGUCACACCCUGAUCUUUGAGAACAGCCAGUUGCGGGGUGGGGGGGAAAGGAAUAAAUCUCAUUUUUGGGAUUUGGCUGUUGUUGCUUGCCAAGGGUGAGUGGGGGGAGCAGCUCCUCUAUCCACACCCCUCAACACCAGAGGUUUGGCUCCAUCUACGUGCAGUGACUUGGAGAAAGAAGUUACGGGUACCUGUAGGCAAGAGCCUUUAACUUAUAUCAAAAAGGUUUAUUCCAGAGAAUCUGUAUAUAUCUAUAAAUAUAUCGUGUAUAUAUAUAAAUAAAUAUAUUAAAAUAAAAGAAUGUAUAAUACUAAUGCAACAUAAAGCAGUACUGAGAGAGAGAGUCUCAAAAUACGAGCAUUGCAAUCUAGGAUAUACUGAUCUGGGCAAAAGAAAAGAUGUUUUUGAUUGUUUUAUAUCUUCACAGUUUUGUUUUAAAAAUUGUACCUUAACAUGUAUAUUUGUAAAGUUAUUUAUAGACAUUAACAUAUCUGUUCAUUGGUUUAAAUAGCAUAGUGUUACUGUAAACUUUAAAUUUCACCAACCUUAAGGGUGUUUUUUUUAACUUAUUAAAAAUGGAGAAAAAAUAUAUUAAUCAAGUUUUUCCUUUGUGUUUAUGGGAAAUAUUGAAAGAAUGUAUAGAUGUACAGUUCCUUUAACAAAUUACAUUUAAUGUUAUAAAUAUAUAUAUGUAUUCAUUAAAAAAAUAUUAGUUUAUCCUGGAUUGCAGUGAGCAAAGGUAAGUUUAUUUUUCAAUACAUCACCAGUGGUUAAAACCAAACAAAUAGCAGCAGAGAGAUGAUUUUUACAUAUUUCAGAAAAACAGGGCCAAGAAUUCUUCCAUCAGUUUAACCACUGUGCAUUAAGGGGGUGUGGGUGUUUAUUUUUCUAUUUUCAAAUGAAGGUAUUCUUUGUGGUCGAUUUAAUAACAAGUAUGCAGCAAAGUGAAAUGUUGACUUUGGAUGGUGCAGGGUAGGUUUUUUCUCUCCCCUUUGCCAGUACUGUUGUAUUUUGGGCUUCAGAAAUGCCAUGUGAGCAAAAUAGUGACACUGUUUGCAGAAGAGCUGCUACAGCUGCAUAUUUCUUUUGCAUCUAACACAUUGGAAAGUGCCAGUGAUGCCUGAGUUUUGGUGUUUAGAAUGCUGUGCUGUUUUGUUCCUCAAUGCCAGAUAGCUGUGUAAAAGCACAGGAGGGAACGAAGGAAUGUUAGCAUGGAUCAAGCUGACAGUGGGGGAGGUUUGGGCUGAGUAUUUUUUGUGGGUGGGUUUUUUUCGGUUUGUUUGUUGUUUUUUUUUUUUGUCCAGAAGACAUCUUUAUGUACUGCCAGAAAGAGGCAAAGCAAAUUGCAUCCUAAAUUCUUUCUUUUCAUUUUUCUCUGGUGCAUAUUGCAUAUCAAUGUUGCAGAAUAACAGGAUGACAGCAUCUCAUUUAAAGAUAUUUUUUUUCUUCUUAGAGCCACAGAAUCCUUAUCCUAAAAUAAAUAAUUUAUAGUUUGAGGUUACUUCAAUGGAAGUUUCAGAAGGUAGAUUUCUAUAGAUUUUUGUUUUGUUGGAAUAAAAAAAAAGAAAGAAUUUUUUGGUAUUUUCUUACAAAUGUCUGCUAAUUAUGUACAUUCCAAGUACUCGAAGCAAAGAGUUUUCCUGUACUGAAAAAAGAAAAUGUACAAAACUGUGCAUGGUUUUAAAUGUUACUAGAUAUUAUAAAUAUAUAUAUAAUUUAUUGAGUUUUUACAAGAUGUAUCUGUUGUAGACUUGUUGACUUUAACAUUUCUUAUUCAAUGCUUAUAUAGUUUUAUAGCCUGGACUAUUAUCUUUAAAAGCUUAAAAAAAAUUAAAAGUUUCAAUUUUGUUACAUUUUAUACUGUUGAUGUUACAAUCCACAGGUUUGCAUAGUGUGAUUUUUUGCAAUGAGCAACUCUGUUCAGUUUAUUUUAAUACUGUACUUCUGUGCCUGACAGCUGCAGCUGUCGAAGGUGUGAGAUGAACACUAAAUAAAACUAUUCUGCUUUUGUUAA